AUGCCUCUCGAAUAUAUACCUGACACAACUAAGAAACAAAGGAAGAAAAGAUUAAAAGUUCAACCAGGAAAAAGCAUAAAAGGCAAUGAUUUUAAUAUUUCUGAAAGUGAGGAUGACCUAGGAGAAGAAAACUUUAAUGAAGCUGAUACACCAGUGGACAUUGAAAUGAUAGUUAAUGAGGCCAAAGAAGAUCAACAAAGCUCAAGCUCAAAUUUAAUUAAUGUGGGCCAAAUGUCUAAUAUUAUUAUAAAAAAUAAUAUCAAAGAAGGCACAUGGGUCGUGGUUAAGUAUGAUGAAACUAAGAAAUUAUAUUUUGUUAAAAUCAUACAAAUAUUACAAAAAUGUGAACUUUAUGAAGGGUCAUUUAACAGAUCCAGUAACUUCUCAAGUAGCUACAACGAUGAAACCAAAGAACCUAUAUAUAUAUUUCCAGAUAUCAUUGACUUCUACAUAUUUAAGCUAGAUGCUAUUGUAAUGAUAGUUCCUUCACCAAAGAGUCUGCGCAGGGGUCGAAUGCAAUUUACUGUGAAACUAAGUGAUAUUUUAAAUAGUAUAUAA